AUGGCGUCGGCGUCCAGCUUGGGCGUUUCUGGGCUCUCGGGCAACGUCGCGGUAUCCAGUGGCUCGUCUGCGUACGGUAACACGGGCACAGUGACGAUUGCCAGUGGCGUCGCGACUGGCACUGCGAUGGCGGGUGUUGUAACGAUCUCGGCCGGUGCGACAACGACGCUGGCAGGUGCAGCCGUCUCGGUGGUUGCAGGUCAGUCGGCGGCGGCGCAAGGUGGCUCUUUGACGCUUGCGUCGGGUGCCGGUACUGCGACUAGCAGUGGCAGCGUUGCGGUGACGACGGCUGACGCGGGGACGUCCGGUGUCUCGGGUGGCUUGACGUUGAGCACUGGCGUGCCGUCGCUUGGUAACUCGGGUGCUAUUACAAUGGCAACGAGCACUACGUUGUUCGGCGGCAGCGGUGGCGCUAUCUCGAUCACGGUCGGCAGCGGUGUUGCUGCCGUGGGUGGCAGCGUGGCUAUGACGGCCGGUGCGACGACGAACGGCGGCUCAGGUGUCGGUGGCAUCGUGUCUAUCAACAGCGGUGCUGGUGACUUCACGGGCGGCGCGAUCGGUAUCGUCACGGGCCCAGGAACGGCAGGCAGCUCUGGUGCUUUGACGCUGGCGUCAUCGAACUCGGCUGUGGGCAGCGGAAGUGUGACGCUCUCCA